GGAAUGUCGUGAUAGAGGCAGCAAGAAGGGAAGGGACUGCAGCCUGUGAUAAGUCCAUGUAUAUAAGGUGCUGCCACGUAAGGCGUCACCUAACACUGUUACUUCCCACAUUCACCAUGCUGAAGCUUGUACUGAUUGCGUCCGUUGUGUACCUGGCUCAGUCCCAGGACGUCCACCCAUCUCCGCAUGAUCACCCCUCCCAUGCGCCCCACACCCAUCCCUCACCUCCCCCUCACGGGUCCUUCGGCUUCGCCUACGACAAAUUCAGUGGGGAGAUGGUGAUGGUGUCCAGCACACACUGCUACCUGUUGGCACUGUCCGACGCCCAGAAGAUGGACGUUCACGACCCCGCUAAGAUUGAGGCACUUGAGUUUCAACUUGUUGCUCUGGCAUCCGACACAACAAAACAGACGGUCCUGACAGGAACCCACAGUCCAAACCAUUGGGUCUCCGCACAUUGUCAUGACAGGACAUUGGUGCAGGUUACAGCCUAAAGUACCGCAAAAUAUGUUCCCUGAAUGCUGUUUUCUGUAACUCAUCGAUAAGAAGGUCGUCGUGAGCUUCGACCGGUUACAUAGUGCAAUGGUUGCUUUGUUAAAUCUCUCGAAAUGAAUCCCUGCUUCCUGAAAA